AUGGCGGCAAAGGGGAUGGAUCUAAGUUUUAUUGCUCCAACUAUUAAAAAUGGUCAGGUAAUAGUUGAAUUGAGUAAGGAAGAAGUAGAAGAGGAAACGCAGAAGUGGAAACAAACUUUGAUUCUAUAUGUAGUUGGAAGUACCCCAACUAUAGGUGCUAUGGAGAGAUUCAUUGCAGAUGAAGUUUUAUAUUCUGGACCUCACAUGUUAAACAACAAGCCAAUUAUAAUGAAAGUAUGGACUGUCGAUUUUGACUUUAAUAAGGAAGUGUUACAGAUUAUUCCUAGUUGGGUAAGGUUCCCUAACCUUCCUUUUAACUGUUGGGGAGCAAAGUCACUAAGCAGAAUUAGUAGUAGCUUAGGAGUUCCACUAUAUGCAGAUGCAUGUACAACUCAACUAGAUCGAAUUUCCUAUGCUAGAGUCUUAAUUGAAGUAGAUGUUACUAAAGAACUUCCUAAAGCAGUGAAGGUAACAGAUCCUAAUGGAAGAGUGUUUGUGCAAGAGGUGACCUAUGACUGGGUUCCUGCAUUCUGUACUACUUGUAUGAAAGUGGGACAUCAAUGUAAUGCAGGAGAGCAAAAAAUCACUAAGGACAAUACAAGGAAGCAGAAGCAGAAACAAGAGUGGCAGCCCAAUGUGAUUCAAAAGGAAAAAGGAAAUCAGCAGAAGGUAGAGGCAAACAAAGACAAGGAAAUAGCUGGUUACAAUGAGACACAAGGAAACAAUGCAGGACCAAGCAAAGAACAUGAACAUGCAUGGAAGAAAGUUACUGGAAAAUCAGUAGCUAAAAGCAGGGAGAAGCCAGAGAAUGGAACUAUCAACAUGAUAAAUGGUUUCAAUAUUCUGGCAGAGACUAGUUUGCAACUAGCAUACAACAGAGCAAUAGAUGAAGGCACAAGCAAGCAGAGGAGCAAUGAAGAAGUAGGAGCAGGGGAUCAAAACCUAUUCUUCCCAUGUAUGGAUUACAUACAAUUGAAUAGAAGAAGGCUUUGGAAUGAAUUGAAUGGGUGGAGCAAUAUACAACAAGGAGCAUGGUUGAUAAUGAGGGACUAUAAUACAAUUAGAGGACAAGAGGAUAGACCAGUUGGCAAACCUGUACAAGAGGCUGAAGUCAGGGAUCUCAAUGACUUUAUGGAGCAAAAUGGCCUAACAGAAAUUAGAACUGUUGGAAGGAGAUUCACAUGGACCAAUGGACAUACUUAUAGCAGAAUAGAUAGAGCUAUAGUAAAUGUUGUAUGGAUGCUAUAA